CCGCGGGCCUCGCGGUCCGUGCGUCCGCCGGUCUCGCAAGGCGGGGCGGAGAAAAUGGCGCUGCCCCCGGCCGCCGCGCCCCCCACCGGGACUCGGGAGCCGCCGGGACCCCGCGUCGCCGCCGCUGCCUCCGAGCCGCCGCCAGGCCUGCAGCAGCUCUCGGCGCUGCAGCCCGAGCCGGGCGGGGUCCCGCUGCACUCGCCCUGGACUUUCUGGCUCGACAGGUCCCUCCCUGGUGCCACAGCUGCCGAGUGCGCAUUGAACCUGAAGAAAAUCUACACGGUGGGGACAGUACAGAUAUUCUGGAGCGUGUACAAUAAUAUCCCGCCUGUGACCAGCCUACCCUUGCGAUGUAGUUACCAUUUAAUGAGAGAAGAGAGGCGGCCGCUCUGGGAAGAGGAGAGUAAUGCGAAGGGCGGCGUGUGGAAGAUGAAAGUCCCCAAGGACAGCACGUCCACAGUUUGGAAAGAGCUGUUGUUAGCAACUAUCGGAGAGCAGUUCACAGACUGUGUGGCAGCAGAUGACGAGGUCAUAGGAGUGAGUGUCAGUGUCCGGGACCGAGAGGAUGUGGUCCAAGUGUGGAACGCCAACGCCUCGUUAGCAGGCCAAGCCACAGUUCUAGAAAAGAUCCAUGAACUUCUGCCCCACAUAUCUUUUAAAGCAGUAUUUUAUAAACUGUCCCAGGAGCUUUGGCUGCCACUUGUAGUUUCCAGACGCACCAUUUCAGCCAUGGUGAGGGCUUCGAUCCCUUCUCUGAUUUGCUGCCAGCCGUGAACGGGCGGAUGUGAUGCCUGCCAGCCAACAGGGUGAGUGUGUGUCGGUGGCUCUUUGCCUGAUAACUCACAAGUCUAAAACUCCAUCAGGAUAGUCUUCCCCGCCCCUCCCCUCCACAGGGAAGAUAAGUGAUUAUGUAUUUAGAAGAAGGGACAAACUCCGCCGUUGUUUGCCAGUGUGGUCCUUGGGUGGUUCAGGUGGCAAUCUCAGGAUGUACGAACAGCAGAGGGCGACUCGGCUGGACUUUUGUGCUUGUUCUGAAAAGAUUCCAAAGGCUGCGCUGUCAAAAUUACAAGACCACACACUCAACCACAUGAGUCCCAGCUUUUGGUGUCAUUAUGGAAAACUUAAUGAUCACAUGAGCUGUCAUGGAAGAAGACUAUAAUGGCCUCAUUGAGGACGUUUUUUGGUCUCAUUUGUACAUUCAGUGAGUCCCGUUUGGACUUCCCUCGUGACAGGGCUCAUGGAGAUUUUGGGCUCUCAAGAAAAACUCUUGGGCAUUUUAAAACCAUAGUUUAUUCAUUGAACUUUUAGGGAUAGGCAGAGGGAGGUUGAUUCUUUGAUACCAGUUUUACACAUUUGAUGUUUCUCUCAUUUUCCUUAGAAAUGGAUGGUUUCCUUGUAGUGAUAGCACAGUGGUGACCUGCCUUUAUCAGAAAGGAUGACUGUUGAGACCAAAUGUCUUGGGUGAAAACUGACAUCAUUUAGUGGUGGCUUUGUCAUAGGAUGAGGUCGAUUUCAGGAGGAAUUAUUUGGUUUCAGGCUUUGUAUUGAAUGGCACUUAGUGGUCAAAUCCAUUGUCAGAAAUGUACCUUGUUUGUCUUAGUAAAGCUGUUUUUGAAACAGGUUUUAUUUACUGGAGAGAAACAUAGGGGAACAACAUAUUUUCUUGGAAGUUGAAAGAAUAGUUGCUUGACAUGUGAAAAAUUGAUCUCUCUCUUCCACGAGUUCCUAUUUAUGACAAAGCGUGUGGAUUGGAGGAACCCGAGAAGUUAUCUGUCUAAACCUGCUCUGUCUACACAUGCGACAGGUCAUGGUUUGUAGGGUCUCGCUGGGGUGGCUAAGUCACUGAGUUUGGUCAGGAAUGGAUCCUCAUUAUUUGUUUCCCAAUCACUGGUCCUUUCUUGCAUAUCUUAAAGAGAUUAGCACAGCCCAGUCAGCUCAGUAAAGCUCUUUUGUUAACUAUCUGUUUAAGGUACAACAUGCAGUGUCUAUUUGGGCCAAGUGUUCAAAGAUUUUAUAGCUAGAGGUCAUUUUGAAAAAUGCUUGCACUUUCAUAGAUCUUUUUCAAAAGGCCUCAUUGAAGCAACUAACCUAAAUAGCAGGGACCAGAUGAUCCUCAAAGAGCCUGUUGACCUUCAGAUCCACUUUCAUAUUGGCUUGUGUUUUGCUCACACUACUUGAUGUUUUCAAUUUGUUCUGCUGGAGCCCAGAGAUAGAGGGGAAAAAGGUUGAGUCUUGUGGCUUCUUCACCAUAUUCUUUCUUUGGCCAUACCUUAGGGCAGAUAGUAAGCAAUAGCACCUAAGGCAGGAAGUCCAUAAUGGAAAGAGCCGGCUAAGGGAGUUGUGGAAUUUUCAGUAUUGGAGUCUUGGAUAAUUUUAAUUGGUGCUCUUGGCUCAGUCCCUUGGUUCCCAUCAGUUCUUUAGUGGUUUUGCAUUGCCAUGCAACUGUGACAGACUUGAGUAAAUGUCUGUAGGUUAAGGAGCAGAUGGCCUGUGUUAAGUUCUGUUUUGGGGGGGAAUCAGGUAAAGUGAAGAACAAACUCUAGGAUCGGUGUUAGAUACAAAUGAGAAUGCAUGCAGUGGUUAGACUUCUGAAGGUACUAAAAUAUCGGCAAACUCAGGGAUUUGGGUUGCCUGUCAUUUCUGUUUUCAGUAUUGAGAGAGUCUGACUCAAUCUCGCUAUCAUAAAAUUGGUGGUAUGUAAUUUAACAAAACCACAUGAAUGGAUUUAUUGAAAAUGAGGCUCAUUUUAUUCAAUAAUUUCAAUUGGGUAAGUCCCACUAUCUGAAAAAUCAAUCUGAAGAACUGUAAUGAAAAUGAUCUAUUGUUGGACAAAAUGCAUUGUUAGACUCAGUUGAAUACUUUGUCUUUCUAAAUAUGCAAGUGGUUUAUAAUUAAUGGAUUGUAAUAAACUUCCCUUCAUUCUAUAGCAAGUAGAGGUACCCUAAGCCCUGUUAGCUGGAGCACUUACUCUGAUUUUUUUAAAUCCUCUUCUCACUUUCCCCUUAAGGCACACUUCCAGAAUUUACCCCAGGGACUGAUUUUCUCCCUUUAUGAUGCCAUUGCCCCUCUCCAUGCAUUGUGUCUCUGUUAGUUAGUCCUUCCAUUGUCAAAAGUUUAUUCAUAGUCAUAUGCCUUUGAGAACUUUGCAGUUCAUUGAGCCAAACACAGAUUAAUCAGUAUGAAUGAUAAUUUGGCAAAAUUGGCUGAAAAUAAACUCUGAGUGAAACAUUUCAUGGUUAAGAGUCCUCGUGGUGGAACAGGUCAGGCACUAGUGUAGGUGGUGAGAAGAGCAAGUUGCCUCACUCAACUGUGAGAAAAUGAAACUUUGAGAGAAAUGGAAUACACAGAUAGAUUAUGGUGGCAAACCUUUUAAGGUCACACAGCGGGUAUUGGCCUUGAUUUACAUUGUGAUAGCCAGGCCUGCAUAACAAAUUAAUGUAGGGGACAGGAAACGGAAAGGAGGGCUGCACACUUCGGGGCUCAGGGUGUGCUGGGUUCUUUAAUGCCACUGCUCACCAGGAAGGCAUCACCCACCCUGAUGCCAUAGGUUUUACUGGUGCCUACCUCGUGCGCCUCAUGGACACCGAGAGCGAGGAAUUGUUGAGCCCGCUGCAUGCUUAGUAGGCAGCUAGCCGUGAGGUUACAGUCUGCAUGUGCAUGGAGUUUAGAGGCGUUGAGUAGAUGCUGAACAUGUGAGCUUGUUUGGGAGUCUCUGCUAAGGCCCUGCAUUGUUCCGGCUGAGCAGUUCUCCCUGGCUCGUGGGUGCUGUUUCGAGUUUGAGCAUCACAUGACAUGGCUAUGUCAUGUUUGCCCAGAGUCGUUUCCCCUUACUUGCCUAAAGUUUCUUCUUUAAUCUCUCUCAUAAUCAAAUUCCUAGUCUUUGACUUCCCAAGAGGAGGUGAAAACGUGGGAAAUUAUGUCUUACUUCACAAUUGAUAGGACUGGGAGUUCCUUGCUUUUCUAAAUAAAGCUGGACCAUGUCAGUUUUUUUGGUUUUUUUUUUUUUUUUUUUUUUUUGUCGUUGGUUUUGGGGUAGAGUGGUGGCUCCACAGCUUCUGGGACAAGGUGGGUGCAGCUGACAGGUGCUUUGGGACAGGAAAGCUGGCCAGCAGGCUCUCCUGGGCUGCAGCCCAUCAGUGGCCAAGCCACUUUGUUGUGCUUAAAUUUCCAGUCCCUGAAAUUUUGACUUUGAAAAGUAAUUUUAACAAUUUAAUAAACUAUAUAAUAAGUUUUAUAAGCCAGAGCGGAUGAUCUUAAGUAUUUUGGUCUCUUUCAUAACACAAUGAACCUAAUAUUGGUAAAAAUACAGAUCUUCACUCGUGCCAUAAAGAGAGGCUAGAUUUAAUAAGCUGUUAUGAGUGCUGGCAGCUGCCUAUCAGAUUGUAUAACGUGGGCUCCAGCAUGCGGAGACAGUGUCAACUUACAUUUUAUCUCUGAAGUAUUUUUGAGGCGUUUAUUUUGCCCUUCUCCCCAGUCCCUAACCUAAUAGAUGUAAUGUAAUUGGCUGAAUAUUUUCCACAAAGCUAAUUGGCUAGGGGCCAAUGGUGGAAUCCAUUGUCUGGCUUGAUGAAGAUCAGAAAUUAACAUGACAUUUACGCGGAGGUAAUGGAAUAUGUUAGCUAGGUGGUAACUCCAGAUGGUGCUGGAGUGUCCAUCCUUUCCUGCCGGAAGCAGUGCAGGUGGUUCUGAAGCUGAUGAAAGGGCCAUCACCCUCCUCCCCAGCCCGCUCGCUCCUCCCAGCAAUGGCCAGCCUGUCCUCCCCCGGUCCCAUGUCAUAUGCACUUUUAAAUUCUUCAGGCAGUAUUAUAAGACGAACUAAUGAAUUCUUCCAUUUGUCAAUUUAAAAAGAAAAUCCACCUACUACUAUUGCAAGAUUAAAUUCCAAUUAGAAGAUUGCAUUUAAUUCAGAAGCUGUAACAUUGUUUCAAUGAAUUCUGUUGGAGGUGACAGUUUAUGUGAGAUAAAUUUAUACGGUGCAGGUAGAUAUAAAUUCACUGAAUAAUGUUAAACAUGUUACUUCUUAUAUAUUAGCUGUGAAAUUUAUUUCUUCUCUAGUUACAUCCCCCAAGGAGGGCGAGUCAGAGGGAAAAACACGUCUUCAAGGAGAGAAGGCUUUCUGUCCUGUCAGACAUUUGCUCGGAAAUCGCCUUUUCUCACUUUUAUUUAAAAAAAAAAAUCUGUUACGUUUCUGCAUUAACUGAAUUUAUGAUUCUUGGUGUACGCUAUUUAUAAAAUUGAAUAUAGGUUUUAUGAUAUAGGAAAUUAGUCUAGGAUUGAGAAUAUGAUCCAAGUUUGUAAUAAAGGUAAUCUGCAUUUAUAUUACAGGUAUUUUCCGCUCCCCUCUGAGCGCCCUGUGGGAUUACACAGAUUUUUCUGGGCGUACAGAGUCACUGUAAGCGUUGGAGGUAGUGGACAGGCUCUUGUUGCUAUGUCACUCCACAAAGCUGUAGACCUUUAACCUCGCCCCUGGCUGGAAGUCCUCCUGGUUUUCCAGUCUUCUCCCCCCAACUCCCUUUGUUUUUGUGCCUUCCUGUGCCUCAGGCAAACAUCAUUAUGGAUCACUUCCCCCUCAAUGUGGAUGUAGCCUUCCAGAGAUCUUUCACCUGAGUCCUUGCAGGAAAGCCUGCA